UCAUUAUCUUCUGGACUCUACACAGGUCUCCAUGCCCAGGAACAGCAGAUGCCCAACAGCAGCUCCAUCAGCGAGUUCCUCCUCCUGGCACUGGCAGACACGCGGCAGCUGCAGCUCCUGCACUUCUGGCUCUUGCUGGGCAUCUACGUGGCCGCCCUCCUGGGCAACGGCUUCAUCAGCACAGCCGCAGCCUGCGACCGCCGCCUGCACACCCCCAUGUACUUCUUCCUCCUCAACCUCGCCCUCCUCGACCUGGGCUUCAUCUCCACCACUCUCCCCAAAGCCAUAGCCAAUAUUCUCUUGGAAACCAGGGACAUCUCUUAUGCAGGAUGUGCUGCACAGGUCUUCUUUUUAGCAUUCUUAUUUUCUGCAGAAUUUUUUCUUCUCACCAUUAUGUCCUAUGACCACCGCAUUGCCAUCUGGAAGCCCCUGCACUACAGGACCUUGAUGGGCCGCAGGGCUUGUGCCAGCAUGGCAGUAGCUGCCUAGGGCACUGGGAUUCUCUGUUCCCUGAUGCACACUAUCAAUACAUUUUCUAUAACUCUCUGUCAAGGCAAUGCUAUGCAUCAGUUCUUUUGUGAAAUGGCUCAGAUCCUCAAGCUCUUAAUAUUCUUAAUAUUUUAA